GGUUAUUCAGAGUCCCCAGACCUGGAGUUUGAAUAUGCAGAUACUGACAAAUGGGCAGCAGAGCUCUCUGAGCUGUACAGCUACACGGAAGGGCCAGAGUUCCUGCUCAACCGCAAGUGCUUUGAGGAAGACUUCAGGAUCCACGUGCGGGACAAGAAAUGGACCGAGCUGGACAAAAACCAGCACCGUACCCACGCCAUGCGCCUUCUUGAUGGGCUGGAGGUCACCGCACGGGAGAAGAGGCUGAAGGUUGCCCGAGCUAUCCUUUACGUUGCCCAAGGCACCUUUGGGGAAUGUGGUUCCGAGGCUGAGGUGCAGGCUUGGAUGAGGUAUAACAUCUUCCUCUUGCUGGAAGUGGGAACGUUCAACGCUUUGGUGGAGCUGCUGAACAUGGAGAUUGAUAACAGCGCAGCAUGCAGCAGCGCCGUGAGAAAGCCGGCCAUCUCCCUGGCUGACAGCACGGACCUGAGGGUGCUGCUCAACAUCAUGUAUCUGAUCGUGGAGACUGUUCGUCAGGAAGCUGAGGGGGACAAACCCGAGUGGAAGAGCACGAGACAGACCUUCCGAGCAGAGCUGGGAGCCCCCCUGUACAACAACGAGCCCUUCUCCGUCAUGCUGUUUGGGAUGGUGACCAAAUUCUGCAGCGGCCAUGCUCCUCACUUCCCCAUGAAGAAGGUGCUGCUCUUGCUGUGGAAGACUGUGCUGUGCACCCUGGGGGGCUUUGAGGAGCUCCAGAGCAUGAAGGCAGAGAAGCGGGAGAUUCUGGGCCUCCCGCCGCUCCCAGAGGACAGCAUUAAAGUGAUCCGCAACAUGCGAGCUGCCUCCCCGCCCGCGUCUGCCUCCGAUCUGAUCGAGCAGCAGCAGAAGCGAGGCCGGCGGGAGCACAAGGCCCUGAUUAAGCAGGAUAACCUCGAUGCCUUCAACGAGCGGGACCCUUACAAAGCUGAUGACUCCCGUGAGGAAGAGGAGGAAAACGAUGAUGAUAACAGCCUGGAGGGAGAGACCUUCCCCCUCGAAAGGGAUGAAGUGAUGCCUCCACCCACUCAGCAUCCCCCCAGCGACCGCAUCACCUGCCCCAAGGGGCUCCCCUGGGCCCCCAAGGUCCGAGAAAAGGACAUUGAGAUGUUUCUGGAGUCCAGCCGCAGCAAAUUCAUCGGCUACACGCUGGGCAGUGACACCAACACCGUGGUGGGCUUGCCCAGGCCCAUCCACGAGAGCAUCCGAACCCUGAAGCUGCACAAGUACACAUCGAUCGCAGAGGUGCAAGUGCACAUGGAGGACGAGUACCUGCGCUCUCCGCUCUCUGGGGGGGAAGAAGAAGUGGAGCAAGUCCCUGCGGAGAUCCUGUACCAGGGCCUCCUACCAAGCCUGCCGCAGUACAUGAUCGCUCUGCUGAAGAUCCUCCUCGCUGCAGCCCCCACUUCCAAAGCCAAGACGGACUCCAUCAACAUUCUGGCGGACGUCUUGCCGGAGGAGAUGCCGACCACAGUGCUCCAGAGCAUGAAGCUGGGAGUGGAUGUCAAUCGGCACAAGGAAAUCAUCGUUAAAGCCAUUUCUGCAGUGCUGCUCCUCCUGCUCAAGCACUUCAAGCUGAAUCACAUCUACCAGUUUGAGUACAUGGCCCAGCAUCUGGUCUUUGCCAACUGCAUCCCGCUCAUCCUGAAGUUCUUCAACCAGAACAUCAUGUCCUACAUCACUGCCAAGAACAGCAUUUCCGUCCUGGACUACCCAUACUGCGUGGUGCAUGAGCUGCCGGAGCUGACGGCAGAGAGCCUGGAAGCUGGAGACAACAACCAGUUUUGCUGGAGAAACCUCUUCUCCUGCAUAAACCUCCUGCGCAUCCUGAACAAGCUGACCAAGUGGAAGCACUCCCGCACCAUGAUGCUGGUGGUGUUCAAGUCAGCACCCAUCCUGAAGCGGGCGCUGAAGGUGAAGCAGGCCAUGAUGCAGCUCUACGUGCUGAAGCUGCUCAAGGUACAGACCAAGUACCUGGGCCGGCAGUGGAGGAAGAGCAACAUGAAGACCAUGUCAGCCAUCUACCAGAAAGUGCGGCACCGUCUCAAUGACGACUGGGCUUAUGGCAACGACCUGGACGCCCGUCCCUGGGACUUCCAGGCGGAGGAGUGUGCCCUGCGUGCCAGCAUCGAGCGCUUCAACUCGCGUCGUUACGACCGGGCGCACAGCAACCCCGAUUUUCUGCCUGUGGACAACUGCCUGCAGAGCGUGCUGGGCCAGCGUGUGGAUCUGCCCGAGGAUUUCCAGGUCAACUACGACCUGUGGCUGGAGCGGGAGGUCUUCUCCCGACCCAUCUCCUGGGAGGAGCUGCUACAGUGACAGAUGACGGGAAGGCAGGAUGGGGGUGCUUUGGGGAGAUCU